AUGUUUAAAAUAAUGCAGGACAAUUAGCAUAAAAAUAUUUUAUUUAAAAAAAACUUAGUAUGACAGAGAUACCUUGUUGGGCUGAUAUUGAUAUUGGCUCUUUGUUAAAUAGAGAGAAUGUUGAGAAACUUUAUGACACUCAGCUAAGUUAUGAAUACAAAAGUGACUUGUAUGAAAAUAAAAGUAGUCAUUGUAAAGAUGGAGUGUCACUGAUACCUGAUUUUGAAGAAGAGAAACCUACAAACGAAAUAUGUGAUGAAUAUUUGACUUCGCUAAUAACCAAAGAUAAUAUUAGUAUUAUGAAGUUAUACAAUAACUUUUCAAGUUCAAUUGCAACACGAAAACGAGUUUGUAUUAUAAAUGCAGUUUUACAAACUAUUAGUCAAAAGUAUCAUAAAACUAGAACAAAAGUAUCUGUCCAUGAUCAUUUACCACAAAAAAAAUCUGCCAAUUAUCCACAAGAAAAAGUAUUAAGUAAGUUUGACCAAAGCAGUAUUAUGUUGGAGAUGUCUAUAAAAGCACUCAUGACAUUUUUGUUUUCAAUUCUGAGAUUAUCUAAAAACUCAUCAGACGUGCACAUGAGAUUACUAUGUGAAGAAGUUCUUUGUUCUUGCUCAGAUAUGAUUAUGACAGUUCCUCCGCUGUCUUUGUUAAAUGAUAACAAUUUUCCAAAGGUUGCCAGAGAUUGUCUAGAUGAAAUAAUGUUAUUUAUGUUACAGUUAAUGAAGUCUAAAGAUAGUACUGAUGUUGAUUCAGUUCUACAAACCUUUGCAAGUGAAAUUUUUCUUGGUUUAUCUAUGCUACGGGGUAGCUUGACACAUUUAUUGGUUUGGGUAGAUAAGUGUAUUGAAAAUGCUAUAAAUGGUUCAAUGUUAGGUAAAAUCAGUACAAAGAAAUUUAUAUAUUGGUUUAAUCAAAUUUGCGAUGAAAAAUUAGAGCUUCAGAAUUCUGAGGAGUUUUUGGCACUAAAUGAUGCAGCCAUUUUACUUCUGGGAAACGUUUCAAAAAAGGCUAAUUUGCUGACCCACCAACAUCUUGGCUCACCUAAUGAUUCAUCAAGUCUUAAACACGAGGCUUAUGCUUGGGGAAGUAAUAGCAGUCAUCAACUUGUUGAAGGAAACAAAGAUAAAAUUUUAACUCCAAAGAAAAAUGAUGCUUUUAAAAAUGCUAUUCAGUUAGAGGCUGGUCAGUAUUGCACAUUUGCUUUGUUUGAUGAUGGAUCAUUACAUGCAUGUGGAAAGGGAUCACAUGGUAAACUUGGUCUUGGAGAUUCUAGCAGCAAGCAGUGUUUACACAAGUUAAACCUUUUUAAUCAAAAUAUUGAUCAGAUUUCAUCAUCAAAAGGGUCAGACAGUCACACAUUGGCUCUUACAAAAAAUGGAGUUGUUUACAGUUGGGGUGAUGGUGAAUUUGGGAAGUUGGGCCAUGGAAAUGUUGCAACACAAAAGCUUCCAAAAGUUAUUCGAGGUGUUUUUAAAAAUCAAAUAAUAACAUUUAUAUCAGCUGGAAGUCGACACAGUGCAGCUAUUACAAAAGAUGGAGAUCUUUACACUUGGGGAGAGGGUGAACAUGGGAGAUUAGGUCAUGGAGAUAGUAGUAUCCAGCGUGUACCAACACUUGUGCGAUCCAUUGAUGCUGCAAGUCAGGUUGCAGCAGGGUGCUCACACACUGUUGUGCUUUCUAAAGAUGAAAUGACUGUAUGGACUUUUGGUGCAGGAGAUAAUGGUAAACUUGGCCAUGGAAAUACAAAAAUGGAAUAUUACCCUAAGAUUGUUGAUGCAUUAAAAGGUAUUCGUAUCAAGAAGAUUGCAGCUGGUACACAAUGCAGUAUAGCAUUAACAUGGACUGGUUUUAUUUAUGUUUGGGGUUGUGGACCAUGCUUGGGUGUAGGGGCUGCUGAUGCUGUGCACCUUCUUCCAAAAAUUGUAGAGUCUUUACGAGAUGUACAUAUUGUUGAUAUUUCACUUGGGGAUUGUCAUUGCUUAGCACUAAGUGCAGAUCACGAAGUUUACAGUUGGGGAAACAAUAACAUGGGGCAAUGUGGUUUAGGACACUGUUUUACGCCAGUUUCAUUGCCUACAAAAGUGCUUGCUCUUGAUGGAAUUAAAAUUGAACAGAUUUCUACAGGAACAUCUCACAGUUUUGCCUGGACAACCCCACCUCUAAAAAAAAAGUACUUAGUCUCUAAUAAACCUUAUUGUUUAUCAUUGGACAAAGAAACAUUUAUUAAGCUGUAUCUUCUCACAGAAAAGUAUGUGAAAAAUAAAUCAAAGUUUGAAAGUUUACCAAAUAAUGGUACAAUAAAUUUUUUGGAAUCAAUAAUUGAUUUAUUAAAUUGUCAUUUCCAACUGGCUGUGAAGUAUUCAGCUCUGCAGAAUGAUUUUUUGGAAGAUAUAAGAAAACCUUUUUUAGAGAUUUUGUUGCAACUUGUUGAUGAAAAAGAUUUCCCUUGUGCCAUCUUAAAAAAAGUAUCAGAUGUUGUAUUUGUUGGUGCUGUGUAUUUUUUGUCAAAUUUAGAGGAUUGCACUGAGAUGGCACUGACUUUACUUUCUGAAAUAAUUCAGGAUAAUUUUUUAGCACCUGCAAAGUUGUUGCUGGUGAGAAUAGUAUUGAACAGUCUAUGUGAUCAUAAAGUAAUCACACAAUUGUUUGGCUUUUAUGAGAUACAUGAUAUCAAAGAAUUGCUUGUAAACCAACCAAAUAUUGAAAAAGAAAAAGAAAAGAAAUUCUUAACUUUGCAAAAACUGUUAAAUCUUCUUAUCCAAUGUUCAACAAAUUUAUCAAAAAAACAAUUUGAAUUGUGUAGUAGUUUACCUGAUAAUGUUUGUUUACAACAAAUUUGUGAAAUACAAGAACUUCUCUUGAAGCUUCUACAGUUAUUGCAGUUACAUAUUUUUGCAUCUGUUGUUAAUAAAGGCGCACCUAAUAUUCAUGUUAUACCUUUUGAAACAAUUUUAAUGGACUACAUGGCAGUGUUAAGUCAACAUGUUUGCAAUACUUUAACAUAUGCUAUUCAACUUGAAAAAGAUCAUCAACAAAGUUACUUGGAUAACUCAGUUGUUGGACCAAUACUACUAUGCUUUGUUCAUUCUUUAAUAACUGUUUCUCAAUAUAAUUUCAGUCGUUUUUUUAAAUUUGAUGCAAUGAUGAACAUAUUCUGUGCUUUAAAUAAAAUUAAUCAGGGCUCAAGGGAAUAUAUAAGUUUAAAGGAAAAAAAAAUAAAAACAGAUUUUGUGAGCUUAAACCACAUUACACAAGAAUCGAGUUGGUUACUAGAUACUCAAGUUUCUUUGGGUAUUUUAAUUGGGUGUGUCAUCAAUGUUGGAUUAGCUGGAAACAAAGAAACUAAUGAAGAGGUUUGCUGCAAAACAUUAUUAACAAGUUCAUUGUUGUGUAAUGGCCUUGAAGAAAGAGAGAAGUUAAAAGAUCAUGCAUUAACUGAAUGUUUGAACAAAAUUAAAGCUAACAAACAAAUUGUUUUAAAUUUAUCAAUAUCUACUGAAGUGCCAAAUCAAACUAGCUUCUUGUUAGAAUUAGCAAAUGGCCCUUACACUCCGACUUUGUUUAAACUUUCACAAGGAAUGUUUGACCAUGCUGUACAAACAGGUAUCUGCAACAUUGAAAAUGAACUAUUUAAGACUUGCAUGCGUUACGUAUUGGCUGCUGUCAUCCAUCAUUGUGGUUUGAUAGACAAUGUAAUUAAUGGAAAAUGUUCUGACAGAGUACUAACUGUAGUUUUUGAUAGCUGCUUCAAUCUAGUUGAAAACUUAAUUUUAAAAGAUAUGAAUGAUGAAGAAAAAAAUGAAGAUAAUAUAUUGGAAAGUUGUUGUUCUUUGAUAUGUACAUGUGCAAUACAUAUAUUUGCAAUUAAAGCUGGUAAUACAAUCGAUUCUUUAGAAGUUUUGAAAAAUAAAUGUAGAGAUAUUAUCUUAACAAUUAAAUCAUCAGUUAAUAUAGAUAAUCUUGAAAGUGUCCUUAUUACCGUGCAACAACAACAGCUGCACAGGGCUCAAUUUAGACUUGAUUGUUUAAAGCUUCUUGCAGAGUUUAUAUUAAACAGUGUUUUUAACAAUAAAAUCAAAGCUAAUACACCAUCUGAUGCUAUUAUUCCAAUGUGUCAACUUCAUUUUCUUAGUGCAGCAUUUGGUAAAAGAAUAGAAUGCAUUGGUGGAAAACAAUUUAUGUGCCUUAAUGGUAUUGUGUCUGUUCCUUUGAGUCUAAAAACACAGAUUUUGAGUUAUCAAGAAACUGUUUUGAGAAUAUUUGCCAAUCAAGAAGAGACAUAUCAAAAUGAAGUUAGUUCUAGUGAACAAGAAAAUUUUGAUGAUGGAAUUACUGUUGGGUUUAUGUUAAAUCAGUUUAAUGAGUUUUCACCAGUGAAAGAGCUUGAGUUUACAAAUUAUAUGAGGAUUUUGAAGUCUUCUGUAUUGAUGUCUUCAUUUUCUGAUUCUGUUUCAAAUGUUAUAUUAUCACCAACUUUGUGUAGUCACUACCGACUGUUUCCUGAUAGGUUCAAAAAAGCACUUCUUGUAUAUGUGGCGUCACACUCUGACUUGAUAAAACUAACAUCAAUAAAUAUAUUAUUCAAAGAAGUGCACAAAGACAUUAAAAACUGGUUGCUUUUGCCAUCAAACUUUAUAAAUCAACAACAUAAAAACUUUAAAAAAGAGAUUGGGCAACUUACAGUAAUUAAAAGGUGUUGUCUUAUGAGUACAAUUAUAUGCAAAAAUUUAUGUGAACAUGAUUGGAUUGAUAUGUUGCUUGAGUAUUUAGAACAAAAGAGAUAUUGUGAAUUUUAUCUUCAAAUUGUUGUUAUCAAGCUUUUAAAAGUUAUUUUGAGUUCAAAAGUGCAAUCAAGUUUAUGUCAGAAACAGAUCAUCAACAGACUUUUUUGUUUGAUGUAUAAAUUUAUUUGGGUUGAUCCAUAUGAAUCUAGAACUUUUGUUAAUAAGUCAAGUGACUGCACUUCAUUCUUUAUAAAACCCAAUACAAAAAAUAUCAUGAUUAAAGAUAAUUCAACAGUUGUCCACUUAGAUGGAAACUCAGGUUAUGCAGUUGUAGAUUUUCCAUUGAAUGAAAAAUCUUUUGAAUGGAAGGUCUAUGUCAAUCAUGAUGCUAAUAACGACCCAGGUAUAUUUAUUGGUAUAUGCAAACAUCCUUUCUCUGAAUACUCUUAUGAAAGUGCAACUAACAUGUGGCUUUAUCAUGGAUCAAAUGGCUAUCUUUAUCACGAGGGGGAAAAAUGUUCAAAACUUCCUAGUUUUACACAAAAUGACUUUAUAAAGUUUCAUUUCAACAGUAGUAAGAGAAUUCUGUCUUGUAGCAAAAAUGGUGAUGUAGUUACUACAGCUUUUGAAAAUUUACCAAAUGACACUUACUAUCCUAUUGUAGUGUUCUAUAAUUCUACCCCAGGCUCAAAAGUAACAAUUAAAGAUUUAAAAAAAAUAAAAACAAAACCUGUAUUUUUGCUUGAAGAACCAAUAUGUGCACCGUCACCAGUUACUUUGUGUGAACAAAUAAGAAGAAUUGUAGUUGAACUUGCAGUUAAAAAAGACUGGGAAAAUAUGUUUACAAAUCAAAUCAGAGCAAUGUGUUUGACUUUGAAAGAUAUAAAUGACUUUCAGAUGAACUAUGAAUGUGUUUCUACAUUUUGUAAAAUAGUUUUUCCUUUGUUAAGUGUUAUGAGUGGAGUAGAUAGUGGAUUAAUUCGAGGUCAAAAAUGUAUAUCUGAAGCUGAAAGAAAAGGAAUCAUACUAGGUACAACAGGAGAUGAUAAGGUAGCUGUACAGUGGCUUGACCAACCUGUUCUUCAAGAAAUGCUUUCCAGCAAGUUGAGAUCUGAUCCAGUACCACUUUCUUUGUUUGGACUUUCUGUUGUUGAAUUACUGGAACUAUUUUGUACAAUAAACAAUUUUUUAAAAGAUUUUGAUAUUCAGUAUAAUUCUUCUGACGAAAAACAAAGGAAUUUUUCUAAUAUUGAGAAAAAUCAUUUUUUAUUUGUAUCAAAUGUCUAUUAUGCCAUAUAUUUUUUAAAUUUGAAAUCGAUUAGUCUAAUUACAAAUUCAUCUGAGUUUGUGGUAGCAUUAUCCUCAUACUAUGAAACUAAUAAAAUAUCAGAAAUGGUAGAAAAACUUGGCGGAGUCAAUAAUGAUUAUUCAAAAGAGUUGAUUGUUUCAUUAAAGCUGAUUUUAGCACCAUUAGAUCAAAUCAAAACUCCUUUAAAAAAGUUUCCGAUUCUUAGUGAAAGUGAAAGAGCAAUAAACAUUAUGUUGUGUUUAAUCAAACAACCAAGCUUUAGCCUUGACCAUAUUUCAAAUGAAAUUACCCAUAUGGAAAACAAAACAUAUAAUGCAAGCAGCCUAUUGAGUUCAAAAAGUAACAAUAAAAAUACUAGCAAAAGAAGAUCCCAAAACACUGCUGUUAACCAAAUACUGCAAGUUUCGUUGCCUACACAGACUCUACCAUUAAUGCAAUCUCCACCAGCUAACAACCAGAAUUUAUCUGGAUUGAGGAAUCGAUUUGGAAUGAGGAAUAGAUUAAGGAGACCCAGGAUAUUGCCUAACACUUCAAGAAAUAUUUUGGUUGAUAAUGAUCAAAUUGUUCCUCGCUCACAAGAUUCACCUCAAAUUGAAUAUAUCCAAAGGCUUACAAGAAUGGGCUUUGAAGAAUCACAAGUUCGUAUGGCUCUUGAAAUUAACAAUGAUAUAAACACUGAAAAUGCUCAGCAGGCCAUACAGAGACUUGUUGGUUGGUUGAUUGAUCAUCCUAAUUCAGAUACAGAGGACAAUCCUCUUGAUACAGACGAUAAUGAUUUUGAAAUGGGUGAAUUCACAAAUGAGAUAAAGUUGGUCUGUGUUUGUUGUGAAAUAUGCAAUACAAAAGUUACUAAUUUCAAUUCACAUAUGCACUUGAAUCAUCCAGGUUGUGGUAGAAUCAAAAGUAGUGAUGAUGGUGGUAGCUAUGGAUAUAGUAGUAAUGGAAUGUACCUUGGUGGUUGGUUUGAAGGGAAAUGUGGUUCAGGAUUAGGGUUACCAUAUUAUCUACUUUGUCAAGAUUGUCGUAAAAAAUACUUAAAGGAAAAAAUUUCAGUGCCUGUUCCAUUAGGGCAUCCAUUUUCAGCAACUGAUGUUGGUCUUGCUCCCGAUCUUCUUGGUGAACUGCAAGAUGAGAACCUCAGUUUCUGUAUAAGUCAAUUCACUGAACCUUUAAAGCAAUUUCAAAACAAAAGUGAUAGACAAAACUUGCCUAGUGAAUAUAUUUUGAAGAAUCCGAACCCUCUUGGUUUUCCAGAUCAAUUAAAAGAACAAUCUAUCUUUAAAUUUUCAGAUUUUUCUAAACCCUAUGCUCUCCAAGCCAUGACCUUAGAUAACAUGGACAAGGUUCUGUAUGCAUUUCAACAUAUACAUAUAAAAUCAACAGAAAUGUUAAACACUGCUAUUUUGUUGAAUGUAUUUAAUUGUCUGGUUAAUAUGCUGUCUUCAGAUCAGCUAAAAUUUGCUAUAAAAGAGCUCAAAAUUGAAAAUGUAUACAAUCUAAUUGGAAUAUUUUGUAAACUGUCUCUUCUCUAUGAUAGGAAUGAAUUCUGUUUAUCAAGGUCUGUUGAAGUAGGGAAAAAUUUACUGGCUGUUGUGUUGCGUUCAAUGCUAAUGGAAGGCAGAAAAGAACUUAUUGUUUUGUUUAAACACAUUUCUGAUUCUUUAUUGAUUCAUUCAAAUAUUCACAAUCUCGAGUCCCAAUAUGCUUCUGGUGCAAAGUAUCGCUCAUAUAAUCCCACAAAAAUUGUUGAGCAUUUACAUUAUUGCAAAAUAAUAACAGAUUUACUUGCUACUAAAGAAAUUCUACAAUAUCUCAAGCAUUUUCACCCGAAAAUAUAUUUUUCACAUCUUAAUGGAUUAUCUGCUGCUAUAUGCUCUGGUAGUAAUGACUUACGAGUUUGGGCCUGUUCUCAAAUGGAAUCUGCUAUGUUAUACUUACAUAUUGAGAAGGCUUUUAUGAAUGACAGAUUUACUAAACAAACUUCAAAUGACAUCAAAUCAGUUAUUGUGUGUCAAUCUCUCACCAACAAAAUUCAUGCAGUUGCAUGGCAUCCACAAAAGAGAAGAUUCUUAGCAAGUGACGGGAAUGGAAACAUGAUCGUAAGACACACAUUUGACAUAAGUGAAAAGAUCAUUAAAGAUAGCUUUUUGGCUGACUCAGCUCAUAGAAUUAAACAUAUGACCUAUAAUCAAUCUGGUGAUAUUGUAGCUGGAAUUAUUAGUGGGAGCAUUUUAAAAGUAGCGUUUCAAAAAAAAACAGAAAUUACAUUUUACACAAUUGAAGUUUGUCAAGUAUCUUGUUUUGCAUGGCCAACACACAUUAAUGAAGACAGUUCUGAUAACAAAUUAAUUCUAGGUACAAAGAAUGGGGAUGUAUACCUGGUUAUAGUGCAAUCAGAAGACAUAAUUCAAAAGUUAAAUCACUGUUCUCAAUCUUAUGUAUCUAUUUCAUCAAUUGCUCUGAAUGAAUCAUCUGGUGAGCUAGUUGUUGGUUAUGCAGACGGAUCAUUAUUUAUUGGUGGUGUGUCGGAAAAAAUGUGGAGUCAAUUUAUUAAAAACUCUCUUUUUUUACCAGUUACUGAUAUACAGUUUAAUUUCACUGGUUUGUGUUUUGCCACGUUGACAAAUAAAGUGAAGGUUUGGAUUGUAGGUGACCAGCGUGCAGUUUGUUUGCAUGUACUUGAAUUAAAUGAGUUAGAACCAACAGUUUUAUCAUGGAAGCCAAAUCAUAAAAAUGAAAGUGAUUUAUCUAUAGUUGUAGGUUUUAAAGAUGGUACAAUAAAUCUUUGGACAUUUUCUAAACCAGAGAAACCAGCUGCGCUCUCUCAAUCAGAUUUUCAAUCUUGUUGCAAUAAAGAUGAGAUUUUGUUGAUGGAUAUUGACCAUUCUAAUGUGGAAACAAUAUCUUCACAGACAUUGUGUUUGUUAAGUUGUACAAUUGACCAUCUUUCAUUCAGUCUCAGUAAACAUUUAGCAGUGUCUUGUAAAAAUGGGACAGUCUACUUUUUUGAGAAUGAAAAUUUAUUUUCACCACAUAAGGUUGGCAAUUCUAUUGUUCCAAUCAAAUAUUUGUUUUGGUUGGAUGAUCAUCUAGGUUACAUUGAACAAUACUCUACUGAAAUCAAUUUUGUUAAUGUAUUAAUGUUGAAAAAUAUGACAGACUUACCUCAUCUUCGACAUGCUGAUUUUUUACUCUCUAUAAUGGAAUGUAACUCACCAUGUGCAGAUUUUAAGUUUUUCUUAACACAACUUUUUCCUUUUUUGCAAUCUCAGUACAAGUUUGAACAGAAUCAGGUAACUACAGGUACACAGUUGACUUACUCUUCUUAUAUGCGAUCUCUUGUUAAUAUUGCACUGUUAUUGAGAUAUGAUAUUUUAUUGGAAAACUCUGAGGUUGAAACAUACAAAAACAUGCGAUGGUUUAGAUUAUAUUGCAGUACCAUUUGGUCAGGAAUAGCUCUAAAAAAGCGAGCUGAAUUUCCUAAAUCAUUUUGGGAACUAAACAACAAGUUAGAUAUUAAUGAAAAAAGCAUGGCUAACUCAAGCUGGAGUUUAACACAAGAUAAUGAAAUUAUAGAUUGGUUUACUAAUUUCCCAAAAGAUUGGGAAAUAUCAGCACCAAUAACUGUUUAUGUUUGGGGAUCUAAUAUUCAUGGAGAGUUGCCUGGUUUGCAAGGAAAAACAUGCUUACAACCAAAUUUAGUGUCAACAUUUAAACAAGUUCGUGAAAUUGUGUGUGGUCAAAAUUGCACAUUUCUCUUACAAACUAAUGGUUCAGUAUUUGCAUGUGGAGAGGGCACUUAUGGAAGAUUAGGGCAAGGGACAUCAGAUGAUGAGCACUCUUUGGUACCAAUAACUGAGCUGCAAGGUUAUUGUAUAAUUCAGUUGGCUACUUCCCUUGGCGGUGAUGGACAUACUUUAGCAGUAGCAGAUAGUGGUGAAGUCUUUAGUUGGGGUGAUGGUGAUUAUGGAAAGUUAGGACAUGGAAACAGUGAAAGACAAAGAAAACCAAAACAAAUUAUAGCACUUCAAGCAGAGCAUGUUGUGCAAGCAUCUUGUGGUUUUAAACAUUCUGCUGUUUUAACUAAAGAUGGUAAAGUUUUCACAUUUGGUCAAGGCCAAUACGGAAUUUUGGGAGAUGGUGGAAAUUCUCCACAAAAAACUCCACAAUUGAUAUUAUCACUAAAGAAUGAACAUAUUUCACAGAUUGCUUGUGGAAAAGAUCACACCCUUGCACUUGCUAACAAUGGAAAAAAGCUUUAUGCUUGGGGAGAUGGUGAAUUUGGCAAACUAGGCCUGGGAUCAACAAGUGUUAGGUCUAUCCCAAACCUUGUAGACAGUUAUAGAAAUGUUUGUCUUAAAAAAAUAGCAUGUGGGUCAAAAUUUUCUAUUGUACUUGCUACCAAUGGAUAUCUCUAUACUUUUGGUCAUAAAGAUUUUCUUGGUAUUGCUGAAACAGAUUUACUUGAUAACACUAUACCACAGAUUGUUAGCUCAUUGAUGCCUCAUCCUAUUAUUGAUAUAGCUGUUGGCUGCAAUUAUAUACUUGCUCUUGAUAACAGUGGCAACAUAUGGGGAUGGGGUACUAAUGAAGAAGGACAGUUAGGAAUUGGAACAACAAAUCCUCACUAUUUGCCUCAAUUAGUUUGCACAUUCAGUGGUACUAACAUCACAAGACUAUCUGCAGGAACAACCCAUUGUGCCGCAUGGUCUAAUUCUCAAUCGCCAUCUUCUAAUACUCAAUUGCAAAUAGGAACACCAAAUGCUAUUCCUUCAAGUUAUAAAUCUUUGUGUAAUGUUGAAGUUGAAUUAAUUAGAGACCGAUUCUAUGUACUUUGGACCUUUUCAGACAUGGUUUUACAAACCUGGAAUUUGCUUAGCCUUAUUAGGUUAGAGACGACACCUCAAUCUUGGCUGUAUUUAUUUGAAGAUGGUGUUUUGCGGACACUUCUUACUAGGAGGGCCCAUGCUCUCCCUCUUAUUCGUGCACUCAGAUCAACAUUUUUGAAAUCAAAGCUCCAACCACAAAUAACAGUUAAACGUUUUGAUACAAGUGGUGAACAGUGUGAAACAGUGUUUAAACAAGUAGCUGAUCAAGUCUUGUCAUUUGCUUUAUCCGACUCAAUUAUGUUAGUCAGAGAAUGGAAAAUUAAACUUUUGAAUGAAGCUGCAGAUGAUGCUGGAGGUGUAUUUGAUGAAAUAUCUACUCAAAUGUGCAUGGAACUUGAAGGUAACUGUGGGAAUUGUAUAAAACUUUUCAAACUUCUUGUUCCCACUCCAAACAUGGCUGUUGAAAAUGGCUUUAAUCAAGAUCAAUUUAUAGUGAAUACUUCUAUAACUUCUCCUGAAACAUUGAAAUAUUAUAAGUUUCUGGGAAUACUUAUGGGUAUUGCUCUCCUUAACCACAAACCUUUGCAUUUACAUUUGGCUCCAUGUGUCUGGAAACAACUUGUUGGUAUUAAAGUCACACUUAAUGAUGUUGCUGAGGUUGAUUCAAUGUUUCUACAAUGCAUUUCUAUGUUAAAAAGUAUUACUUUAAGUGACAACGACAAUGUUACUAUGCCUCUAAUGACUUAUGUCUGUCAGACAUCUGAUGGUGAUCUGAAGCCGCUCAUUCCUGGUGGUGAAAUAAAAAUACUACAGAAAAAUGAUUGCUCUAUAUAUAUUGAAAAAGCAAUCAGUUUUCGUUUAAAUGAGAUGUCACUUCAGAUACAAAGCAUUCGUGAAGGUUUGAUGUUAUUAGUACCAAUAUCAAUUUUAUCUUUGAUGACAGGUGAUCGGCUAGAGCAAUUAGUAUGUGGAUCUCGCGACAUUGAUGUUGAUGUUUUAAAGAGUAUAUCUCGAUGCCGUGACAUAAGUACAGAUGAUUUACGUAUAGUUUGGCUAUGGGAAAUUUUACGAUCCUUUUCAAAAGUUGAUCUACUCUCAUUUUUGCGAUUUGUUUCUGGAAGAUGUCGUCUGCCAACCAACUUGAAUGAUUUAACUCACAAAUUUCAAAUAGUUGGCGCAUCAAAGCCAAUCAAUGGUCUCCCAACAGCUCAAACUUGUUUCUUCGUAUUAAGACUGCCACCUUAUACCACAAAAAACAUUAUGGAAGAUCGUAUUCGUUACGCUAUCAAUAAUUGUCUUGCAAUCGACACUGAUAACUAUAUGCUCUAAGGAUUUCCUCGUUAAAUUAUUAAUAUAAAUUUAGUAAAACAAUAAAUAUUUAAUAGUUUAUUUAGUUUUCAAAUAAGUCUUUUGUAAGUUUAUUGUAAAAAAAAAAAUGUAAUAAAUUUAACAUUUUUUUUCAAUAUUAUUAAAUAUGUUUAAAAAUUAUUACUUUUUUACACUUGGAAGAAUAAAUCUCUAUUUUCAAAAAAAA